AUGCCGGUUGACAAGGCCUUCAUUCUGAGCCAGCGGCCAUUCAAUUUUCUCACCUUCUUCAGCCGAUGGAUCCAGGCAUUUACGGCACGGUUCCCUGGAAGACAGAACUAUCGACCCUUGGCGGAACCUGAAUCCACGCCAGAGCACCCAAUCUCCGUCGUCUGCAUUUCAGACACACAUAACUGGCAACCUGAGCUGCCAGAUGGCGACAUUCUCCUCCAUGCCGGUGACUUGACGGUCAACGGCACAUUUGAAGAACUACAGGCACAGCUGACAUGGCUCUCUGCCCAACCACACACCUAUAAAAUUCUCGUUGCCGGCGAACACGAUGUCCUUUUAGACCCUCCGUUUGCCCAACGAAAUCCGGACAGCCCUUCGCGAAUAGGAGCAUUCCAUGUCCCCAGAGGCACAGAUGUAUGGACAAGGGCGGUGCCAGAAGGAACCGAUGUCUUGUUAACACAUGAGCCGCCCUCGAAACAUCUCGACGGUGACUUACACAGCGGUUGUGCUUUCUUGGGUCAAGAAAUUGAACGAGUUAAGCCCCGUCUGGUCGUAUUCGGCCAUGUCCAUGACGGAUAUGGUGUGAAGACCACCAACUUCGACGAGAAAGUUGUGCCAGUUGUGGAAGAGGGGACUGAUCGCCAAAGAAAGGGUUGGGGUCCCUUUUUCAGGGCUGUGCGGGAGCAGACAGGCCACUUAUUUGAAUAUAUUUUCCCGGCUGCACCUUCUUUGAUGCCAACAGUUGAGAAGCAAAAGCUUCCUACUACCACAACCUUCGUCAAUGCCUGUCUCAUAGGCGACCUGUUGGAUGGAAAUGACAAUAUUAAUGAACCAAUCGUGACCCAUAUAUAG